GAGGGUGGUCCGUAUGUGUUCCUCUAAUGCGGCAGGGAGGGUGUAGUCAACAAUUCGUAGUAUUUAAUUCUUCCCAGUUUGGACCUUGAUCGUCGCCAACGCCCGCCCUGGUUGUACUGUAUACAGAAUUUUCUAGAGUGACUUUGCUUGCGAAAGGGUUGUACCUGUCCGAUUAAAGCAAUGGCUGGCUCAGGGCCUGACGAAAUUUUUGACCUGGAGGCUAUUGCUGCUCUCAAGGAAUCUGCUGCUAUUGAACUCAAGGAACAGGGAAAUGAAUAUGUGAAAAAGGGGAAGAAGCAUUAUGGUGACGCUGUUGAUUGCUACACUAGGGCCAUUAAUCAAAAGGCAUUAAGUGAUGCCGAUCACUCUGUUCUCUACUCCAAUCGAGCUCAUGUCAAUCUUCUGUUAGGUAAUUACAGACGAGCUCUUGAGGACACUGAGGAAGCCAUCAAACUUAGUCCCACAAAUGUUAAGGCACUUUACAGGGCUGCCAAAGCAUCACAGGCGCUCAAUUUGUUAGACAGAGCCAAGGCAUAUUGUGAGAUGGGCCUUGAAAAGUCUCCAGAUAAUGAAGAACUGAAGAAGCUAGCCAAGCAAAUUGAUCUCAAGAUAUCAGAACAUCAGAAAUAUCAAGCUGAGGUUACCAAGGCUGUGAGAACUGCUAAGGACAUUGUAUCUGCCUUGGAGGAUAGACAGAUCAAAUUUGGAAAGCACAUGUAUCAGGAACUCACUGGAAUUAAAAAGCCAGUGCUUGAUGGGAACAACAUUCUUCAUUGGCCCGUUCUCCUUCUUUAUGCAGAGGUUAUGUCCAGCGACUUCAUUGAGGAUUUUUGCGAGACAGACAUGUUCUCAGUUCAUCUGGACAUGAUGUUCUCAGAGGAUAGUCCACCUUUGCCAUGGGAUUCAGAAAGUGCAUACACUCGGGAUUCUAUUGAGUUGUAUUUUGAGGCUUGUUCCGGAGUUUGUUUGUCCAAGAAAGAAUUGCUUAACUAUCUAUUACAAGGGACGGCUGCUUCUCAUCUGGAAGAUUCCGGUGGUGAAAAGACCCAAGUUGCAGCUACAUGCGCUUCUGCUUCAGGUGAUCGACCAAAAUGGAUCAGAGUGAACGAGAAGCAAACUCUACACGACAUCCUGAAACAUCCCGACUUUGUUGUCCCAGGAAUUCCAGUGUUUUUCGUUGUGUCGAAGAAGUCUAGAUUUCACAAGGAUUUUAAAUCCGGAAAAUGGGCUCUACCGAGGAUCGCAUGAAGACAACAAAACUUGAAAUCAAGAACCGGAGUGACAUGAGUCAGUUGUGGGCCUUGUGGCGUCAUUUAUGCGCGCAAUAUAGAAUUAUUUGAAAUUAGACACCCUUAAGAAAUGUACACAGAUUCUAUCCAAAACAUAAAAUUAUUUCAUUCCCAACAGUAUUUUUGAAUGACCAGAAUUUCGCAGCUAAAUAAUAACACAGGAUCACAAAUGAUUAUAACAAA